AUGACAGCAGCAGCAGCAGCAACAACAGCAGCAGCAGCAGCAGCACCUGCUGCUGCAGCUGCUGCUGCAGCUGCUGCUGGUUCAUUGGAGACACCAAACCAGCGGGCUGAAUCAGCUUCUGCUUGCUGCUCACUGUCUCCUCAAGGAGAGGAGACACUGCAGAUCUCAACGCCAGCCUCAGGCCUCUUAUUUUUUAAUUUUCUUUGUGCUCACUUCCGCUGCAGGGUUUAUGCUGACUGUGAAAGAACUCUUUGUCUCUCCCCUCAUCAACUCUUCAAAGUACACCCCUCUCCGGUGGUAGCCAGGCUGCUGCAGCAGCAGCAGCUGCUCCAGCAUCAGCAGCAACAUCAGCAGCAGCAGCAACAGCAGCAGCAGCAGCAGCAGCAGCAGCACAAGUGCCUCUCGCUGCAGCUCAGUGCUGCUCACCACUCGCAGCAAACUGAAACAGAUUUAGCAGAUCCCUUUGCCCCCUUCACCACCUCCGCAACUGGCGGCUGCAUACCUCCCUCACAACCCAGCAGCAGCAGCAGCAGCAGCAGCAGCAGCAGCAGCAGCAGCAGCAGUGGUUGUGUUGCUGCAGAUUGCGUGUGCGAGAGUUUGAGUGGCUUAAGCGGGGUGUGCUGGAUCGGGGGUGCUGAGGAGACAGUUAAAAUAUCGUCAUCAGCUGCACUGUCUCCUUCUUGCUGCUCUUUAAAAGAUUUCUGCUGUCCCUAUGGCUUUGAUAUUGGUGACGACGGCAUAUGCAGUAUCUUCCCGCUGCAGCAAAAGCAGCAGCAGCAGCAGCAGCAGCAAGAGCAGCAAGAGCAGCAGCAGCAGGAGCAGCAUGAGCAGCAGCAGCAUCAGCAGCAUGAAGAACAGCAGCAGCAGCAAGAACGGCCGCAACAAGAGCAGCAGGAGAAAGAGGAUCCGAAGCAGCAAGAGCAGCAGCAGCAGCAGCAGCAGGAGAAUCAGCAGCAGCAGCAGCAGCAGCAGCAGCAGCAGCGCACUUUGCCUGCAGUAGGGCACGUGUGGCUAUCAAUGAAUAAAGGAGAUUCAACAGGCUUAAAGCGUUUGCUGCGUCUCCUCUCUGAGGUGUAUAGGCAGCCCUCGCGGUGUCUCCUCUUUAAUAGGUGGAGACAGCUGGAGGCGGAGGCCCUUGAACUCUUCUACUUCCUAUGGGGACCCCCAGACGCCUGCAUGGCUGUGGAUGCAGUGGCCUGCGACUUCGCUUCCUGGCGGCUGUCUCUUUCUUUCUGCUGCUGCUGCGCAGCAAAACAAAAACUUGCAUUUAGAGACACCCUAACUCCCUCUACCAGCAGCAGCAACAGCAGCAGCAGCAGCAGCAGCAGCACUUGUAUGUGUAGUGGUGGUGCUGAACCGAACGGGGCAGAGGAGGGAGACAGCAGCAUUGUAGCUGUUGCAGCAGGCUGCAGGUGCUGCUGCUUGCGCUGCUGCUGCAUUCUGCUGCCUCCGGGGGUGCUGGAGGCAGUUACCUGCGAUGACCUCCGCCUUCCUCCUUCCUGCAACAGCAGCAGCAGCAGCAGCAGCAGCAGCAAGCGCGCAGGUUCUGGGCGUCUGCUUCGCUAUACAGCGGAUUGGCGUUCGCCUGAGCCUUCGAGCGACGACAGCCCCUGGCUAUCGGCUUUGCCUUCAUCUGUCUCCUCUCCCCGAACCUCACCCCUCAAUUCACCCUCUUCAGAGCCCUUACCCCCACCUGCAGCAGCAGAGUUAGCAGCAGCAGCAGCAGCAGAGUUAGCAGCAGCAGGAGCAGAGUUAUCAGCAGCAGCAGCAGCAGAAGCACAGUUGCCAGCAGCAGCAGGUGCUGCUUCUUUAGCAGCAACGAAUGACCCACCCCCAACAGCAGCGAAGGGACUGGCAGCAUCUGCAGCAGGAGGAGCUUCCUCUGCUGCUGCUGCUGCUGCUUCUUCUUCUUCUACAACAGGUGCAGCAGAUGCUGCUAUCUCCUGUUUGCUGCGGUGUUUAUCUGCAUGCAUUCCUCUUACUGGGGGCCGCGUUACACCUCUAAUAAACAGCAGCAGCUUAUCUGAUGCUGCUUGGGUGGUGGCUGGGGCUAAGCAUAAUACUGCUUUUUCUGUCUCCUCUCAGGCUGCCUCUGCUCGCAGUCUCCUUGCAUUUGCUUGCACAGAGCCUUGGGAGGUGGUGCUGCUGCUGCACGCUUCGGCUGCUGCUACAGAAGCACUGCAGCAGCAGCAACACCUGCAGCAUGCAGCAGACCUCUGCAGCAACACUACACAGCAACUGUCUCCUUCUCUACGCCCCACUUACCACCUCAGGCGCCUCGCUGCUCGCCCGGGGCUCUAUCAACAUCUGCAGCAGCAGCAGCAGCUGCUGCUGCAGCUAUCCCAACGCACACAGCAGCAGCAACAGCAAGAGCAACAGCAACAGCAGCCGCAGCAGCAGCAGCAAGAACAGCAGCAGGAGCAGCUGGCCGCAGGUUGUGAAGUGUCCCUUACUGUGUCUCCUUGCUUGACGCUGCUGGAGACAGAAGAGCUGCACAAGGGCAGCGAAUUUCGCGUUUUUGUUGCAGGCGGUGUCCCCAUUGGCGUGUGUCAGCUGUGGCUGUCAGAGUGUCUCCCUGAGCUGUCUACUAGGGCCUCUAUGCGGCAGCGGCUGCGGCGAGCGGUGUGGAACUUCGUGCUGCAGCAUCUGCAGCAGCCGCAGCAGCAGCAGCAGCAGCAGCAGCAGAAGGAGAAGCAGCUGCUGCUGCCUCCGCUGUACGCAGCAGAUCUGUAUGUACACUGCGGGGCGGAAGGGACUGACACCUGCAGGCUGCUGCGGCUGCAGCCGUGGGGCUUUCCUACGUCUCCCCUGUUGUUUACUUAUGAGGAGCUGCAUGCGCUGAUAAUAAAGAAGUGCAGCAGCAGCAGCAGCAGCAGCAGCAGCAGCAGCAGCAGCAGCUCCUCCUCGUCUGCUGCAUGCACAGUCUGCAAAGAGGCGGGGCCUCCAGCAGCAAAAGGAGCCGAACGAAGGUCUCCAGGAGACAAAAGGCAGCUAAAAGGAGACUGCAGGUGUUGGUCGCGGUUGCUGCUGCGCUUUAUACAGGGGACAGAUGAAGAAGUCUUCGACUCGCAACGCGUCAUUGCCAUGCCAGAGGAUUUGCUGCAGAUUGCAAAGGGGGGAGAGGGGAGAGGGCUGGAGGAUUUGCUGUUGGAUUUAAAGUCAGCGCAUGCAGACGCGAUUAAAAAACAAAAAAAGAAAAAAGAAGAAAGGAGACCCCAAACAGAGACAGCACAACAACAACAACAACAACAACAACAACAAUAA